UAUGCUUUGAACACAACCAUAAGCUCUUUGAGUGACAGGCAAAAGAACCAAUCACCGACGAGGUGACGUAGACCGUCUUGACCAAUCGUUAUUCUAGGAGAGGCGGGCCAAGCACGGACACCGGCAGAUUAACGUUCGCUGAGUCCUGUUAUCUUCUUGCACAUUGUCGGAUUCGGGUUGACAUCUUAUUUGUUCUGUAGGUCGAAACCUACAGUCUAUGUUAGAUACGGAUAGAAAACGCGUUGCAAUCGUAACUGGAUUAAUUAACCUAAAAACAGUUCUCCACGUGCAGUGUAGGGAAACAAACAGACGUCUGUGCCAACAAUGAACGGAGGAAAAAUCAAGUAGACACUACGCUUUAUAUUUUUUGUUUUUGUUUUUUUGCUAUCUUCUAACAGCUAACUGGAAUCAAUUUAACACGGAAAUGAUUUGUGACUCAAUUUUUUACUCAGCUCAAGGAUGACAGGAAGUCCUGACCAUAAACAAGAUGAAGAGGGCCUCAGGGACCCAAUGGUUCGUUUCCACAGCUACUUGCACGGAGGGACCUCCAGCUUGCUAUCUACUCUCCCCACCCUUAUAGUCUUCCCUGUCUACAAAACUGUUUUCCGUCAACAAAUCCACAACACCCCAGUUCACCGGGCAGUGGGACAGCUUUACAAAGAGGGACCUGCUAAACUCUACAGGGGCGUGGCCCCACCAUUACUGAUGAGGACCCUGAAUGGCACGCUGCUCUUUGGCCUCCAGGACACCCUCCACCAGCACCUCUCCCAGUCAUCCCAAAAUGUCAUCUCCCCCUCUGCCCUACCUGCUCUGGCUGGGUUUGGUGCAGGUAUUGUCGAAGCUAUGGUUUUUACCCCCUUUGAGCGUGUUCAGAAUGUGUUACAAAAUGGCCAAAACGACCGCCAUCUUCCCACCCUGAAGAGUAUUCUUGUCAGGCUGAAGACACAGAGGCCAGCUUUAGGAUACUACAGAGCCUUGCUGCCAAUCACCGCUCGCAAUGCUCUUGGCAGCUCCCUCUACUUUGGCCUGAAGGGGCCGGUGUGCGCUGUCGUGGAGAAACAGGGACUCUCUCCAGUGGUCUCCUCCUUCAUCUCAGGGACGCUGACCUCCAUGGCAAUCAGCCUGACUCUUUACCCACUGUCUGUGCUAGUGGCAAACAUGCAGGCGCAGGUGGGAGGAGAGGUCAAGGGGGUCAUGGCUUGUUGGAGGAUGCUGUGGGACUCUCGGCAGCGGAGUGUGGUUCUGCUGUACAGAGGGGGUUCUCUGGUUAUUUUAAGAUCAUGCAUUACAUGGGGGAUCGCCACUGCUAUCUAUGACAGGCAGCAGAAACGUUCUGGCUGAAGAGACGGCGUUAUCAACCAUUGCUUUUCCUGUUUGUGUAGUCACAUCAUGCAACUAUUUUACAUAUGUUUUUUUAAAGUUCUAAAUAUAGUAUUUCUUUCCUUGUUUUUUGGUAUUGUAACUGCUUCUGCUAAUCUCACUGUCUCAAUGCACAUUCAUUAACAUGCAAGGGUCUUCAACCCCCAAAUAACAAUAACAUCAAUGACAAUGAAAUGUCUAUAAUCAGUGUCCCAGUAAGACAAGGCUGUGACAGAGACAGUAAGCUAGCAGACACAGUACCAGGACUCGGAAGCUAAAGCAGCUAAAUUAAAUUUAGCCGUCAUUCAUUGUAUUAUUUAUGUCUGUGCUUUUGUGACCUGUCAAAGACAUUUUGUGUGUCAAAAUGGGAGUCAUAAAUGCAGCUGCAAGAACAUGAUCCAUCACCUCAUCAACAAAAAUUGCCAAUUUUAUGUGACAGAAUGCACAAGCAAGUUGAAAGCAACACUGCCAUCACUCUCACACGCCUAUGAGUAUUUAUCAUGGACCAAAGAUAAAUAUGAUAACUAAUAUAAAUAUGGUGAAGGUGAAUCACAGGUGCCUUGCAUUUUUACUGUCUUAAAGGAAAACUUAAUAAAAUUUAACCCACCAAAGUCAGGUUACUCAUUAAGUACUUCAUAACACUUUUAUAUGUCUUUCAUUUCUCUGGAGGAACUUUGCUUUUUGGCCAUUUCUGCUUUUAAUAACAUGUAGAAAGAAGAAAUGACAGCCAAGAAAUUGGGAAUGAAAUCCAACAAAGGUCAGCAGUUGGACAAGGAGAGUUUAACAUGAUUUAAGGAUCAGUUAACUACCCAAAUGCCCAUAAUUGUUCUCUAAACUCUGAUAAUCCAGUCAGGGUAGGGUUGGGUGAUAAAUCAAUAUAAUUUAUCGCCUUUCAAUGGAGAUUACAUCAUAAAGACUUUAUUUAUUGAAUUUCUGGAAAAUAUGCUAUAUUGUGAGAUGUAUCCUUAUCGAGAUAUGAAAGGACAUGUAACAAAUCGCCCAGCUGUAUGUCAGGCUUAUCUCAAUUUGGAGACUACAAUUUAUAGCAGAAAACCAGCAUAUCAAAUUGGGGUGUGGAAACAUUUCAGCAUGGACAAAGUCCAUCCAUAAUUAUUUGGGCUGGACCCAUAUCAGGGACUAAAGGUCAGCAUAUCAGCCUCUGCUGACUGUAAUUUCCCCUUAGCUGAAUAAAGGAAGUUUGAUGCAUGUU